UCGAGCUCGGCUCAUUGACCGCCCUCCCCAUCAGGGCUCAGUGCCUCAGGCAGUCCGCAGUCAGGUUCAUCUCUCCGACUCCCUCCUCCCUUGGUCUUCACUCCCUGGCGGCGACGAGUGGGGGCGCGCGGUGGCGGCAUUCGUCACGUCUUCGCCCAGCCCUUUGCCGGCUACGAGCAUCCGCCAGAAAGUACCACUGUCCCCAGAGAAGUUGUGUAGAAGAUGGGUAUCCUUGAGAGGAUCAAGGAGAUUGAGGCCGAGAUGGCUCGGACGCAGAAAAAUAAAGCAACAGAAUAUCAUCUUGGACAACUGAAGGCAAAGUUAGCAAAGCUGAGGACACAACUAUUGGAGCCUCCGAAGGGUUCCAGUGGAGGAGGAGAUGGUUUUGAAGUCACAAAGUUUGGGCAUGGUCGUGUUGCACUGAUUGGAUUUCCCAGUGUUGGAAAGUCAACUCUUUUAACUAUGUUGACCGGGACACACUCUGAAGCUGCAUCAUAUGAGUUCACAACCCUGACUUGCAUUCCUGGAAUUAUUCACUACAAUGAUACCAAAAUCCAGCUUCUUGAUCUUCCUGGUAUUAUUGAAGGAGCCUCUGAAGGCAAAGGGCGUGGUAGGCAGGUUAUUGCUGUUGCGAAGUCAUCAGAUCUUGUACUGAUGGUUCUGGAUGCCUCAAAGAGUGAAGGACAUCGCCAAAUAUUAACCAGAGAACUGGAAGCUGUUGGACUCCGUCUCAACAAAAGGCCUCCUCAGAUAUACUUCAAAAGGAAGAAGACUGGUGGGAUUUCUUUCAACACCACAGUGCCUUUGACUCAUAUUGAUGAGAAGCUCUGUUAUCAGAUUCUGCAUGAGUACAAAAUUCACAAUGCUGAGGUGUUAUUCCGUGAAGAUGCUACUGUGGAUGAUCUCAUCGACGUCAUCGAAGGAAAUCGAAAGUACAUUAAGUGUGUUUACGUAUAUAACAAGAUUGAUGUUGUUGGUAUUGAUGACGUGGAUAAGCUUGCUCGGCAACCAAAUUCGCUAGUGAUCAGCUGCAAUUUGAAGCUGAAUUUGGACAGGCUACUGGCAAGAAUGUGGGAGGAGAUGGGUCUAGUGAGGGUGUACACCAAGCCGCAGGGUCAGCAACCUGAUUUCACAGAUCCAGUUGUUCUUUCUACUGAUAGAGGUGGUUGCACAGUUGAAGACUUCUGCAAUCAUAUCCACAGAAGCUUGCUCAAGGAUGUGAAAUAUGUGCUUGUAUGGGGAACCAGUGCGAGGCACUAUCCACAGCAUUGUGGGCUCAGCCAUGGCAUUCAAGACGAGGAUGUCGUCCAGAUAGUAAAGAAGAAGGAAAAGGAGGAGGGCGGACGAGGUCGGUUCAAGUCCCACACGAAUGCUCCCGAUCGGAUAUCCGAUAGGCGCCGGCUGGACGACAAGGAGUGGGAGCGCGAGCACUACCGCCUCCUCCACGGCGACGAAGACGGCGGCGAGCCGGACGACCACAUGAAGGAAUGGGAGGAAUUCCUGAAGGAGGAGGAGGAUUUCAUCAACGACGACGACCGCUUCAACCUCGCUGACCGCAUCAGCGCGCUCUUCCCCAAGAUCGACGUCGCUCCGACGGACGGCUUCGUAUCCCUCGACGAGCUCACCACCUGGAACCUCGAGCAGGCCAGGGCCGGCCAGCACCGCCGUUCCUCCAGGGAGAUGGAGCUCUACGACAAGAGCGGCAGCGGGAUUGUCUCCUUCGGGACCUUCAACGCUCUGCGCCAGGAGUCCCAUGGAGAGGGUAAUAUGCUGGGGUUCCCGUGGUGGAAGGAGGAGCACUUCAAUGCUUCAGAUGCAAACGGUGAUGGUUUCCUUGAUAAAUCUGAGUUUAAUGAUUUCCUUAAUCCAACUGAUUCGGAUAAUCCUAAAAUCAUCAAUUUGCUCAGCAAACAAGAAAUAAGGCAGAGGGACAAAGAUGGUGAUGGAAAGCUAAACUUUGAUGAAUACUUUAAUGGGCUACAUGACCAUAUACAUGGUUAUGAUGAUGAGAGUGCAGAUAUUUCCCAUAUUGGGAACAUGACAGUUGCAAAGGAUCGGUUCUCCAAACUUGAUAAAGAUAAUGAUGGGUUUAUUUCAGAGCAUGAACUAGAACCUGUUCUUGAUAAGCUCUAUCUUUCUGAACGUUAUUAUGCUAGACAGCAAGCCAUUCAUGCUAUUUCAGAGGCAGACAAGGAUCAUGACGGAAGACUAACUUUGGGCGAGAUGAUUGAGAACCCGUAUGCAUUUUACGGCAGUGUGUACCUUAGCGAUGACGAAGACUAUUUCCAUGACGAAUUCCGCUGAGGCAUCUGCAGCUCUGAAUUCUGAUGUACACCAUGACUAAAGUUGAUCAUCCUGAGCAGACUGUCGGUGCCCUUACCACGCAAGCAACACGUAACAGAUCAGCAUGAAAACAGAUCAGCAGCUGAGAGAAUGGAGAGCUCAGAGUUACUGCUAUAUAUAGUUUAACACACCUAGCAUUAGUCAUCACUUGGUUCUUUCUUUCAAGUUGUUUGUCUUAAAUGAAAAGGACGACAUCAUCCUAUUGGCAGUACCAUCCCAGGGAAGAGGGUUUUAUAUGUAUACCAUUAUAAAAGAUGGCCCCGACGUCCAUACCACUAAAAAGUUUGGUGAUACCUGUAUAUCAUUGCGUUUUUUGGUUU